ACCAUCCCGGAACGGGAAGUGACUUCCUGUUCGAGUCGCUGCUGACGUUUAAGCUGACGAUGGCGUCCACAGAGCAGUCAGAUAAAGAAACCCGCGAGAAGCUGUCACAGUGGGACUUCCGCCCGGACGCCAUGGCUCCGCUCACGGAGAGGCAAACGGACUCUGUGUUGGAGAUACGAACCGCCGCUGAGGCGCUUGCUAUCCCCUCCGAGUUACCCAUCGAGGACCUGGGCAGUCUGUCAUCUCGCUCUCUGCAGCCGCCUUUCACCGCCACUGUGCCCGAGUCAACGGAAGACGUCCUGCUCAAAGGUUUCCAGAUGCUCCAUAUGGAGAACGACCGAGUAGAAACGGCACAGCAGUUCUUUGCCUGGUUUGCCAAGUUACAAGCCAACAUGGAUCAGGAGGAGAGUGCAAAGUACAGGCAAACUAGGUGUGAUCUCUUCUGCUACCAGGAACAUUGUGAUGCCAUUCUGAAAGAUGUUAGCGCAGCUCUGGAGCAGCUGGACUCCCUUCAAAAACAGUACCUCUUUGUGUCCAACAAGACGGGCACGUUACAUGAGGCUUGCGAACAACUUUUAAAGGAACAAGCGGAGCUUGUCGACCUUGCAGAGAGCAUACAGCAGAAACUGUCAUAUUUCAAUGAGCUGGAACAUAUAAACACGAAACUCAACUCUCCAUCCUUGUCUGUGAAUAGUGAAGGCUUUAUACCAAUGCUGUCUAAAUUAGAUGACUGUAUUGAUUAUGUUUCUUCACAUCCCAACUUCAAAGACUACCCCAUUUAUCUGGCCAAGUUUAAACAGUGUCUUUCCAAAGCCAUGCAUUUCAUGAAGGUGCACAUUGUAAACACUAUGCAGAACCUCACAAGCGUCUUGACUAAAAGGGAUCCAAUGGGUUUGGCAAACGCUGACAAUGCCUUUACACUUUACUACGUUAGAUUUAGAGCAGCUGCACCCAAAGUUAGAUCUCUAAUAGAACAGAUAGAACAGCGGGCGGAAAAGAUUCCAGAAUACCAUCACCUGUUGGAUGAAAUCCAUCAGUGUUACCUUGACCAGAGAGAGCAGCUUCUCAGUCCCAGCAUUACUUCCACCAUCACGGAUUUGACUCAGCAAAAUAUUAAAGACCACUGCGCCCUGGUCCGCAGUGGCUGUGCCUUUAUGGUGCAUGUGUGCCAGGAUGAACAUCAGCUUUACAAUGAGUUCUUCACCAAGUUCACGCCCAAACUAGAUGAGCUGCUGGAGAAGCUGUGUUUGUCUUUGUACGAUGUUCUGCGGCCUCUGAUCAUUCACAUCAUCCACCUGGAAACUCUGUCGGAGCUCUGUGGCAUCCUGAAGAACGAGAUGCUGGAGGACCACGUUCACAACAAUGCCAGCCAACUGGGGGCUUUUGACGCCAUGGUGAAGCAGAUGCUGGAGGAUGUGCAGGAAAGGCUCGUCUACAGGACGCACAUUUACAUCCAGACAGACAUCACAGGCUACAAGCCUGCCCCGGGGGAUCUGGCUUACCCUGAAAAACUGGAGAUGAUGGAGAGAAUCGCUCAGAGUUUGAAGGAAGAGCAAACGAAGCAAACGUCCCAGGUGUCCGUGUUUUCCGAUGUUCAGCUCGAAGAUCCUGAUGGGAGAAAAAACAGCAAUGCUGGACCUGCAGGGAAACCAGAGGCGAGCCGCCUGCAGUCGUCAGUCUCUCCCGCCGAUUUGCACGGCAUGUGGUACCCUACGGUCAGGCGGACACUGGUCUGCUUGUCUAAGCUGUACAGAUGUAUAGACAGAGCUGUCUUCCAAGGUUUAUCUCAAGAAGCCUUAUCUGCUUGCAUCCAGUCCCUGCUGAGAGCUUCUGAUAGCAUCCUUAAGAACAAGACACAAAUAGAUGGGCAGCUUUUCCUGAUCAAGCACUUGCUGAUAAUGCGUGAACAGAUUGCCCCAUUUCACACUGAUUUCGCCAUCAAGGAAAUUUCGCUGGAUCUAAAGAAAACGCGAGACGCUGCCUUCAAAAUCCUGAACCCGAAGGCUGUUCCCAAUUUCUUCCGGCUUAACAGUCACAACGCCAUUCUCGAAUUCCUGUUGGAGGGAACCCCAGAGAUAAAGGAGCACUACAUCGACUCCAAGAAGGAUGUGGACCGACACCUGAAGUUCAGUUGCGAGCAGUUCAUUCAGCAGCAGACUCAGAUCUUCACGCGGAACCUUGAGGACUUUCUCACCAAGGUUGCAGCCCUCAAAACCAUGGCUAUUGAAGGCGGCCCAGCAUACACGCUGUCUCAGCAGCCAUGGGCUCAGCCUGCAAAGAUCAACGAUCUGGUGAUGGCAACCUACCGAGUGAUGAAGAACAAGCUGCCGAGCACACUGCAGAGCAUGUCCUUGUACUUGGCCAACAGAGACACAGAGUUCAUCCUUUUCAAGCCAGUGCGGAAUAAUAUACAGCAAGUUUUCCAAAGACUGCACACUUUACUGCAGGAGGAAUAUAGCGGAGAGGACCUUCAAAUCAUCGCAUGCCCGUCAAUGGAGCAGAUUAACCUGCUGCUGUCUGCGAAUAAGUAAUGACCUGAACGCCUUCUGGUUUGUGAUGUCGCACAUCCAGCUGAGGUAUUGAGAGGACGACACGAGUCGCGCUCAGAGCUGAGAUGGCCGAAAAAAAAGCCAAAUGUUUCAACACACAGCAGUUGGGAGUUUGCUGAGCCGUCCAUUAUGAAGUCAAGAUCUCUACCUUUUUGCUUUGUUUAAAACAUGGGGGUGUAAAAAAAAAAAAAAUCUCAUCCUGCCCUACGGCUGUGUCUCACUUAACAGCAAAGUGGUUGAGGAUAAAGCAUACUAACAUGAUGUGAUGGUGUGGGGCUAGUGGGAUAAAAUCUGUUGGAGUGCUCAGAGAAGGACUCUUGGGCUGUGUGAAUGGAGGAACUGGAGGACUGUUCAUCAGCCAUUUAGCUCACAGGCCACUAACGCGAUUCACUUUCCGAUUCCCUCAAUGACCAUUGGGAAGGAUAACAGGAGAAAAAUGCUGCAAAACCCUUUUUUUUUUUGUUGCAUUUUAGCACAGAUUAUUUUUAGCUUGUGCUAACGUGCUCAGGUGUGUGAUCAUGGUCAAUUCUGUACAGGUCCCACAAAACUGUUGCAAUUAUGUAAAAAGGACAAAUUAUAUGUUUUAUAGCUUUUUUUAUACCUUGGUUACAAAUCAAAUGCUUCUCAUUCUAAAUCACAGGUUCUUCACCUUCAGGUUUGCACUGUUCAUGGGAAACCAUGUAUGCCGCUAAAAUGACGUGUACAGUUAUACUAUUUAUGAACAUUGGGAUUAAAACAUUCCUCAUCAGGUUUGAUGAGUGGCUGAGAAGAAUGUGA